AUGAAAGUGAAGAGGCUAGAAGAGGACAGGGAGAGGAGCUUGAAGGAGAAGGAGAAGUCAUCAGAUCUGGCUAAACCUUCGACGGAGUUGGUUGCCGGUAAAUCCACCGUCGGCGAGGAGUCUGGCGAUGGUGAUGAACGAUCGUUCAACGAAUCCAAUUCGACGAGUCAGCAGCCACAGAAAGCUGAGGAGGAAACGGAGAAAGAACAAAACAACAACACAGACAUAAAACCCGAACCGGAUGCGAUCAAGGAGGAUCCGGAUCCGGAUCGGUUAAGGUCCGACCCGGAAGCCGAGCGGGAAUGGUCACAUAACGGUAAGUUAGAAGAUGACGACGAUAAAAAACCGAAAAUGGAAAUGAAAACUGAGAGAUUGAGUCGGGUGGGUGGACUCGGUCCUGACUCGAACGAGUUAGGUGAGUCUGUAGGGGAGUCAAAGCGGGAAGAGAAAGAGAAGGAUAUUAAAAAUAAUAAUAAUAACAAUAACAACAACAACAACAACAGUAGUGACGUGCAAAGUUCGGUAAGUUUGUCGUUGAAAAAGAAGAAACGACGUCGUAGUAGUGGAGAAGGGAGUAGCAGUGGGGAGGAGGAGAGAGAGGGUGGCGAUGAUGAGGUUUCUCCCGCCAGGAAAAAGUUGCCUGCCGUCAAAUCUGAACCAUGGUUUAAACUUCUUGGGAUUAUUCGGUCUCAUCGGCUCGGCUCAGUCUUCGAAAAGCGGCUCCGAAGCCAGGUUACCCCAGAAGGUAGACCAUAUCCACGGGAGGGUGUUUUGGUAAUUUGGUUCUUAGCUAUGAGAGAUGAGAGGGAGGAGGGUGUUAUAUUGCAGUACAGUGCAUGGGCAUCCUCGUUUAUGAAAGCAGCAAGUGAGGAUGAUAAUGGAUCAUGUCGGGAAUCUGAAAGGUACAGAAAGUUGGUUCGGCAGCACAUGGAUCUUCAAAUGAUUCAAUCUAGGCUGAAUAAAGGGGUCUACUCCAAUUGCUUCCAAAGAUUCUUCAAGGAUCUUCUGAUUUUGUUAAACAAUGCAAUUGUUUUCUUCAGAAAAAAUUCACCGGAAAAUCUUGCUGCGAAUGAACUUCGAGCUGUAGUUUUGAAGGAAAUUAAGGAGAAGCUUCGGAAGCCGAAACCUCAACCUCUGGCUGUUAAGCCUGCAGCCGAACAACAUUCUGCUUCUAUUUCAAAACCGUACAAAUCUUCUUCUACUCUGAUGGCCUGCAGCAAACACGGUUCCGUAAAAGAAAUAUCUGAAGGUUCUGGUAAAAAAAGUGAUAAAAGAGAUACAGAGAUUGAAGAAAAACCUAAGGUAAACGAGAAGAAGGUUGAAAUUUCGGCUGUUAGGGUUGAGGAGAAGGGUUUAAAGAAGAAAAGAACAAAAGAGAGGUCGGUCUCAGGGCGUAGAAACUCAAGAACAAGCAGCAAGAAUGGAGAGAUAAAUCAUCGAUACGGUGGUAAUGAAUUAAGUUCACAUGAUGCGUUGGAGAUUAAGCUGGAUAGGAAAGAAAAUACAGGGAGGAAGAAGCAAGGAGCAGCAAGCUUCUUGAAAAGGAUGAAGCAAAAUUCUCCGAGUCGACUCACGGAGAACGAUGAUGAUUCCUCGGAGGAUGAGAGUAAAGACAGUAAAAUGGAGGAUAAAAAGAGGAGAGGAAGGGAAGCAGAUGAGAUAACGAAGAGGGUGACAAGGAGUUCGAAAGGAAGAGGUUCGGGAGAGGAUAGUAGAAACAUAAAAAGAGGAAGGCCACCGAAGAAGCAAACGGAGUCGGGUGGCGGGACAGGGAAGAGAGGGAGAGAGAAUGAUGAUUCUGAGGUAGGGGUAGGCGGUGCCGGAAGAUCAAAAAAGAGACCACGGAGAGGGACUUUCACUUUAGAAGGAGUGAGGGUGUGUGGAGAAAGAUCAGACAAAAGAAGGGAUGAAAUGGGAUUGUAA